AUGGACGCCCUCGAAGCCCGCAAAGCCGCGCCCCGACCCGCCGAAGCGGCGCCGACCGCCCCACCCGCCGGCGCGAGCCCGUCCGACUACAACGACACGCUGCGCUCGCGCGGUGGCCACACCAAGUUUGCGGACCCGUGCUCUGUCGCUCGCGAGGAGAGCAUGAGGUGCCUCGAUCGCAACUCGUACGACCGCAGCAAGUGCAACGAGUUCUUCCAGGCUUACCGCGACUGCAAGAAGACCUGGCUGGACCAGAGGCGCGAGGACCGUCGUGCGGGCAAGGACGUGGCGUGA